AUGCCCAGCGGUCAGGGAUACGAGUACAAGAGCUCUGGCACCAACAGCCAGGGCAACCACUACUGCGCCCGUGACUACGGCAGCAGCGCUUCCAACUCCAACUCGUACCACUAUUCUAACACCGAUGGGUCCUACUACUACUCCAACCCCAACGGCAGUACCUACUACAACAAUGGCUCCGGCAGCUCGACUUACACUUCCUCCGGCGGCGACAAGUCUUCUUCGGGCUACGGCUCCGGCAGCUCCGGCAAGAAGUGA